AUGAAACUUUCUACUAGUCUCGCCGCGGCUCUUUUAGCCUCUCAAGCCAUCUCUGCUUUACCUCAUGCUAAACAACAUAAAGUCGUUAAUAAGAAAAGAGUAGCAACUACAUUAGAUUCACAAGCUGGCCACAAACAUAAUAAGAGAGCUGUUGUAUAUACAUAUGUCUACGAAACCGUGGUCGUUGAUAAUAACGGUAACACUGUAUUGCAAGCUAAUGAUAACAAUGGUAAUGUAGUGUCAUCUACUACACUACAAAAAAACCAGCAAAUUGCUACUAGUAAUGGUAACUUGGUUGCAGUAGAUGAAAAUGCAGUAUUGAAUCAAGGUACUACAAAUGCUGUUGCCACUGCUGGUGGCGAUACUACUACUACUGUGACUGGAUCUCCUGUUGCAUCAACUAAUGCAGUUGUCACCACCUCUAAUGCUGCAGCCACAUCUACUGGUGCAGCCACUUCCACUGUUGCAGCCACUUCAAGCGUAGCUGCUUCCACUUCAUCAGUCUCUUCCCAAGAUUCAAGCUCAACUGAUGAUAGCAACACUUCACCAGCUUCUGGUUCAGGCUCCAUUUUCGGUGACUUAGCCGCCUUUGUGUCACCUUCGGAAAAAUUCCAAGACGGAACAAUCAAAUGUUCCGAUUUCCCCUCAGGACAAGGUGUAAUCAAUAUCGAUUGGAUGAACCAAGGUGGUUGGGCAGGUAUUGAAAAUUCUGAUACUUCUACUGGUGGUUCUUGUCAAGAAGGUUCUUAUUGCUCGUACGCUUGUCAACCAGGUAUGUCCAAGACUCAAUGGCCAUCUGAACAACCUUCCGAUGGGAGAUCCGUAGGUGGGUUGUUAUGUAAAGGUGGAUACUUGUAUAGAUCCAACACUGACGCCGAUUACUUGUGUGAGUGGGGGACCAAUUCUGCCUACGUGGUUAAUGAAUUAUCACAAGGUGUUGCCAUCUGUAGAACUGACUAUCCAGGUACUGAAAAUAUGGUUAUUCCUACAUUUGUUGAAUCCAAUUCCAAUUUACCUUUGACUGUCGUUGAUGAAGAUAAUUAUUACAUGUGGCAAGGUCAAAAGACAUCUGCUCAAUAUUACGUUAAUAACGCAGGUGUCUCUGUGGAAGAUGGUUGUGUAUGGGGUACCUCUGGCUCAGGUAUCGGUAAUUGGGCUCCAUUGAAUUUCGGUGCUGGUUCCACAGGUGGCAUAUCUUAUCUGUCAUUGAUUCCAAACCCAAAUAAUAACUCUCCUUUGAAUUAUAACGUAAAGAUCGUAGCAGCAGACUCGAACUCUGUUGUAAAUGGUCAAUGUGUUUAUGAAAAUGGUAAAUUUAACGGUGAUGGCACUGAUGGGUGUACUGUUUCAGUAACUUCAGGUUCUGCUCAUUUCGUCUUGUACAACUAA